AUGGAUGCUUCAGAUAUCCAAUCAAGGCUACCUCCAGCAUGUUUGCCUACUCCAAAUCCAUCUUUACCUAACUUUUGGUCACGAUUUUGUACUGAUGUGACACAACUUGUUGAAUCAGGUAAUGUUCAUAGACAUAGUGAUACGUGUUAUAAAUAUUGUAAAGAUAUGGCGAAGAAAAUUUGCCGAUUGAUUAUGCCACGCAAAUUGAUAUCAGUAUCGACAAUUGAUCCGGAGACUGGUCAUAUUUCUAUGCGACGAUCACAUCCAUGGAUUAAUAAUUUUAAUGAAUACAUUAUAUCAUCAUGUCGUUCCAACAUGGAUAUUAAAUUUAUUUGGACUGGUAGUGAUACUAAGGCUCUUGUGUAUUAUAUCACUGAUUAUAUUACAAAAACGAGUCUAUCUUUUCAUGAUACAUUCUCUCUUAUUCAAAAAAGUAUUACAUCAUUCAAAAAUGUAUCAGAUCAAACAGAGACGGAAAGUGCUAUAGAAAGAUCACGCAAACUGGUUUUGCGUUGUUACAAUACACUUGCUUCUCAACAAGAGCUAUCUGGAGUUCAAGUUGCCUCUUAUCUCAUGAAUUGGGGCGACCAUUACACUACACACAAAUUUCAAGGUCUUUAUUUAAUUCAAACUGAGAUAUUUCUACAAACGGAAUUAAACGAAUUACGCAUCAAACAAAACUUAGAACAUGCCUCGCAUGAUGUAAUUGACGAUGACAAUGUGUUUGAUGAUGAAAAUACUGCAGCUGAAGAUGAUAAUGAAGAAAAUUUUCAGAUUCAAUCUACUGAAAAUAAAAACAAUUUUAUACUUGUCAACACAAGAGUUGAUUAUCAAUAUCGAUCAGAUACCUUAAGCAAAAUCUGUUUAUACGAUUUCGUUAGUACAUUCUACAAGAGAAAAAUGAAUGCAACAGAUGCAAAAUAUUUAUCCAAAUCUUCCACUACAGAAGAUCAACAAGGGAUUCGAAAAGGCCGACCACCAAAUCAACGUUUUCCUUUUCAAGAACAGCAUCCACAAGCAACAACCUAUCUGUUAACUGAAUACAGUGAGGCUCAUAUACCGAUUCUCUAUGGUCCUCAAAUUCCUCGACAUGAUCGUGAAGAUACUAAAGAACGAUAUAGUCGAGCUCUUCUGACACUUUUUGUACCUUGGCGUUCGGUGUCUGAUCUUUGUGAUGUUAAUGAAAAUUGGGAAGAUGCACUCAAGUCACGCCAACAUCAUAUAUCUCCGGAUUCAUGGAAUAUUAUAGAAAAUAUUCAACUCUUACAUGAAUGUAAGAAAGAUCGUGAUGAGCAUUUACUUCGAGUUAUAACUGAAGCUCAAACUGAAAAUGAUACGAUUGAUCCUGAAUUAGUCAUACCAAGUCGUAACAUGCGUGAUGAAUAUGACGACACAAGUGACAAUGAAGAUUUACUUGAAUUGCUUGGUAAUUUAAACGAAUAUACUACCAAUGCAUUAAAUAGCACCAAAAAGACAACAGAAAGUAUAUACAUUGAAGAAACCAUAGAAGCAGUUGAAAAAGUUGGACGCUUUACUCACACACGUAAAAAUAGUCAAUCGUUAGUAAAUGAAUCUUCUAGAGAUCACUUUCAACAAAUUGUGCCGUUCGUCUCAGCAACACCUAAUCUCGUUCGACUCAAUACAAAAUGGCAAGAACAACUAAAGACUGAGAAAGAAAGAGUUAGACGAAGUUUAAUUACGGGCAAAUACGACAAAACUGAUGAUACAUUAGAUUAUGAUAGUAUACAGGAUGCACUUGUAACUAUGGUCAAUUCAAAUAAUCAUAACAUAGAUAUAUUUGAUAAUUACACUCAAAUUCUUCCAGUUGCAUCAGUCACUACCACAAGCUAUUCUACUCAGCAAAGUAUUAUUGUUGAAUAUACAUUGAAUAGAGAACAACGAGCUGCAUUUAUGAUAAUAACCAGUCAUCUUGAUGGUGAUAAGGAACGUCAUAUAGGUACCAACAAUGGUCAGCUGAUAAUGUGCAUACCUGGAUGUGGCGGCACCGGUAAAUCACAAUUGAUUCGUGCUGUCACCAAAUACUUCCUUGUUACAAAAAGAAUACAAAUGAUGCGAAAACUCGCACCCACCGGAAUCGCUGCUGCUGAAAUUGGCGGCAUGACAAUCCAUUCAUUUUUAGGUGAACAACGUAAUUCGGGAAAGCCGCGCACCAUCAAGCCAGGUGAUUCCAAACUUGAAAAACAAUGGGCACUCGUUGAAUAUCUCCUAAUCGAUGAGAUGAGUAUGGUUGGUUUAACUCUACUUGGAAAACUCAAUAGAAUUCUUUCCGCUGCCAAACAUGCCGACCCUGAAAUUCCAUUUGGUGGCAUAAACGUCAUAUUUUUUGGUGAUUAUUUACAGUAUCGACCAGUAUAUGAUACACCGUUGUACACUGACUUUUCACAGCCCUUUAAAAACAAAUCAGGUCAAUUACUUAGUGAAAAAGAAAUUCAACAACGCGCUGCACGUUCCCUGAUACUUCAAAUUAACUGUGUGAUCAAACUUAGUCAACAGAUGCGAACAGAAGAUGAACGAUACCGUGAAUUACUCGAACGGCUUCGUCAAGGUGACUGUAAUUUGCAAGAUUAUGAAUUAUUAUUAACACGCGUCGUUGGUCAGCCAUCGGUCAGUUCUCUUCGCCAAUCACCAUGGAACGAAGCUCCCAUUUUAGCAUAUCGAAAUGAAGUACGAACACAAUUAAACAACAAAGCAGCAGUUCAUAAUGCAGCACAACUAGGUCUUCAGCCAAUGGUAUGUGUCGCUCAAGAUACCUGCAAAGGAAAACCAAUUGAAGAUCCUAUACUUAUGAAAAAAUUACUGGAAUUAUCUGACAGCAAGACGGAACACUUACCCGGUUUGUUGCCAUUUGUGCCUGGGAUGCCAGUUAUUUUAACGCAAAAUCUUGCUAUUGAAUUGGGUCUUAUCAACGGCAUAAAUGGAAUAUUUCGACAACUAGUCUACGAGGCUGAUUCUGUAUCAAUAGAUGCUCUAUCUAACACAUUUCCGAACAACACACAGUACGUGCAUCAACCUUUAUAUGCAUUAAUUGAAAUUGCUAGAUCGAAAAUUGAAUGUAAUCUUGAAACACUUCAACCAAAAAUCGUUCCAAUACCGUUAAUGGAACAAACGUUUCGUUUUGACGUUACUGACAUUCUUCCAAAAAAUAAAAAGCCAAAAUCGAACCAGAAAGCAAUGUUGUCAAUUAAACGACGUGCACUACCACUUGUACCUGCUUAUUGUAUUACAACACAUAAGAGUCAAGGGCAAACUUUGAGUAAAGCCGUGAUUGACCUUAAACUGCCGAAUGAAACUGAAGAUAUUGCCGCUGUUUAUGUACCGCUAUCACGUUUCCAACGUUUGAUUGAUGUAGCUAUUUUACGGCCUUUCGAUUACGAAGUUCUACGAAUCAAGCCAAGUAAAUUGCAAGUUGCUGAAAUUGAAAGACUUGAUAAAUUGUAUAUUGAUACCCAAUUUCGAUUUUCUGAGUAUUUUCAAUAA